AUGAAGAAAGAGGAUUGUCAGCCAGGCCAGGAUUCCAUUCAGCCUGUAAAGUGUCGGCGCCUUCGGCGUCAUGAUAUACAGGUGGGCGAAAAUGUGGCCGACAGCGAAAAGAUGGACAUAAAGAAGGAGAGCCUGGACUGGCACAGCUUCUGGCUGAAGGUGAAGCACGAGGUAAAAGAACAAGUGAGUUCGAUGGAUGAUGAAAGCCUGAAGAGAGGCGGCUUCACAAAGGAGGAAGAUGCGGGGGUUUGCAAGAUCGAAGCAGGCACAGCGGUGAAAGUGGAGCAUGCAGAGAGCAGCCACCAGGCCGGAAGUGAAGCCAUUGUCCCAACCAGCAGUUCGGGCACCGUAAACAUCGAAAUCCAAACAGGACGAUCCACCACCAAGCAGGAGGAACAGAAAGUGGAGACGGGACGUCCGCCAGACGCCUCCAACGGCGUGGUGAAGGUGGAACCGUCCUCGGAAGCGACUGAGUCUCGACCGGCCGAUGGCAAGCUGGCCACGGCAAAGUUUGAGGAGCAGGUGGCUUUGUGGGCCCGGCAAUGCGCCGGGUUCCGGAAGAGGGCCACUUGGAUGCCCACAAGGCCCUGCUGUCCGGCGAACGUCUUCUUCAGCAACCCGGUUGCGCCACAGGAGGAGGACCCACCUUGCGUGCAGCGCUUGUCCCAGAAGGAGCUGAGCUGCCUGCGGCGGUUCUUCGAGCGCGGGCAUCCCAUGUUUUCCGCUUCAGCGAAGACUGGCUCAACGGUGAAAGUCCCAGCAAGCCAGGCCUCAGGUGCUCCGGCAGCAGCCGCGCAAGAGGAGGCAGGCUUGCCAGCCAGCGGCACGGCAUGCGUGAAGAUGUGGCCUUGGAUGCGGGACCUGCCAAGCAACAUCUGGGCUGGCCGCGGCUGGGCCUACGAUGAGCAGAGCGGCCCAAGGCGCUUGUCCUCCGCAGGCGGCGCGGACGCCAUGCAAGGCGUCCAGGUUUGGGAGUCUAUUGGCACGGCCGAGCAGCCGCCGGCAGCUGUGGAGCAGCCAGGCAAGGGAGCCGUGACUGGCCAAAAUGCGAGUCUAGUGCCAGCCCCAGCCCACAGCGUGAAGCCUGCACAGGUGAAGUCCAAGCAGCUGGCCAAGCAGAGCGGCGUUCCUAACAUCAGCUGGCAUCCAAGCAGAUUUAAUUGGCAGCUGGACUGGCGAGAAAGAGGCGAAGGAGAAGCUGUUGGCACUCGGCACGUGAAAUCAUUUGGCAUCAGCAGCUUCAUGAAGGAUGGCCUCAACGAGGCGGAAGCCGAGGCUGCCGCCCUGGAGGCCGCCAAGGCCUUCCGCGCCCAGCUGGUGGCCCAGGGCCGCAUCAAGGAGCGGGUCCAGGACGAGAGCCUCACCUCCGACGUGCCCGGGGUGAAAUUCAGAAAGGGCAAGAAGAAAUGGCAGGUCGAAAUCCCCAAGCCCGGCAGUAAGCGCAUUUGGGGCGGCUGCUUCACGGAGAAGGCCGCGGCAGAGGCGCGGGCACUGGAGCUCCGGGAGGUCCACGGCCUGCGGCUUUCCGUGAAGAGCACCGCCUCCCGGGCGGAGCGUGCCGCGGCAGCGGCGCAGCUGCCGGUCUUCCAGCCCAAGGUGCCCUUCCCGGGCGUUUUUUGGGACCGCUCGAACCAAGGUUGGCGGGCUAUGACCAAAGACAAGAACCGGAGGUUCAGUGCCCUGGACCACUCGGAGCCGGAGCUGGAGAAGGCCUUCACGAAAGCCGUGGCCUGGCUCAAGAAGCAGCGGAAGGAGAUGGCAGUUCAGGGCAGCGUUGCGAAGGGAAAGAAGGGCAAGAGUAAGAAGGCCUGA